UAGUUGUGUUGAAGGACAUUUAAGGUUGAUGACCUGAAAGUGGAAGCAAUUGGACUUGUUUGGCAUACGAUUUAGUGAGCUUUACUCAGUGAUUUUGCUGAAGGAACUUACAGGGUAUUAUGAUUGUCCGAUCACAUUAGAGUUACAGUAAUUCCUACCUUGGCACAAAAUUCCCUCCAAAUCAGUUUGAAGGAAUCUCCUCCAACACGUGGAGAUUAAGUAGACUCCAAGAAUAGCACAAUUGAUUGGAGACCUCGCCUUCAUGAAGCGAAGGUCACUAAAAGUGGGGAGUAAGGGGACGCAAGUACAAUGCCCAAACUGUGAUUUGAUAACAAAAACACUUUCUUCAGGUGAUUGAGAACAUUAAUUUUGGAGGCUGGCGAAGAAGUUGCAAUGGGCACUAAAGAGACGCCACACAAAAUUGGCCUUCCACAAAUUGUUAAGUUGGAUAUGGGAUUGAAAUUGGCUGAACAAUGGGUUAAUAAAAUGACUAAAGCUGCAGAGAAUGAACAGCCAGAAGUAGAAUCAGAGGGUCAACCUUAUAGGCUUGGAUUGGGUGCGAAGCUCUCACGCCAACCUAAACACGGGCCUUCAAACGACCCACUUGAAAAGAAACUACGUGCUAAGUUAAACACUGGAAAAAGAAAAGCUGCUAUUAGUGCCAAGGAAUAUACUCAAUCUGCUAGAGAUGGAGGUGAUAAUGAGGAUGACGAUGAUGGGGAUUUAGACAGCAGAACAAGUGCAUUUGACAAGAAGCGAGCAAGAGCUCCUAUGACUGUAUGUUCACAGGCAAAUAAAAAACACAAGUAACUAUUUUUCUGUGUUUGUGGAGUCCUUGAGGGUUGUCUUUUUUGUUAUCUGUCACAUAUACAUUUUUUUUUUUUGGGAAUGUCACAUAUACUCUUCCUGUGGAAGAUUUGACUCCAUUGAGUUAAUUUUAUAUAAAAUAUUCAUGAGUGUUAAC